AUGACAAUGUCCAUGUAUCCGUCGCCCGAUAAGAUGAAGAUGGGAACGCCAGGCUGCUUCCCUGGGCGCUACAGUCCCUCUUAUCGGGGUCCUGACCAGAUGAGGAGAUGCAUGACGAAUCCAUCGAGUCGAUUAUUAGAAGACGCUUCGAUAAUGUGUAAUUCGUGGUCUCCCAGGCAUAAUGGUGAUAUCUUUUCGGGACUGAACGAUGGCAUCCUGAGUCGAGCCGAGGCUCUGGCCGCAGUUGACAUCCAGAAGCACCAGAGCAGUCAUGCUCACACCCAAAUGACCUCGCAGCUCAAGCACGACGUCAUGUACCAUCACGGCAUGGGUGGACCACCGCAGAGGCCUCUGCAAAAGAAUCUUGCUCGUUUCCAGAUGCACCACACAAUGGAUGGCCUCGAUAUGCUUGAUCCCGCCAGCUCCAUGACAACCCUCACGCCCAUGUCCGACACGCCAAUCACCUCGUCGCACCAUCAGCUCCAUGGCUCGUACCAUGGCAUGAACCACAUGAUGGGCCACCAUCACGGGGGCCCGCUGAGCGGGCACACGACCGGACACCACGGACACCCCGGGGCCCAUCAUCCCGCCAUGGCCGCCGCCGUGGCGGCAGCCGGCCUCCAUCCCGACACCGACACGGAUCCUCGGGAAUUGGAGGCGUUCGCGGAACGCUUCAAACAGAGGCGGAUAAAAUUAGGUGUAACGCAAGCGGAUGUGGGGAAAGCUCUCGCUAAUCUGAAACUACCCGGCGUCGGAGCACUGUCGCAGAGCACCAUAUGCAGAUUCGAGAGCCUAACGUUGUCACACAACAACAUGAUUGCACUCAAGCCCAUCCUGCAAGCGUGGCUCGAGGAAGCGGAGGCGCAGGCGAAGAACAAGAGACGAGAUCCCGAUGCACCCAGUGUCUUACCAGCUGGAGAGAAGAAGAGAAAAAGGACUUCCAUCGCAGCACCAGAGAAACGCUCCCUGGAAGCAUAUUUUGCCGUCCAACCACGACCGUCUGGCGAGAAGAUUGCUGCAAUUGCUGAAAAAUUGGACUUGAAGAAGAAUGUGGUACGUGUGUGGUUUUGCAAUCAGCGACAAAAACAAAAACGUAUGAAAUUUGCAGCUCAGCACUGACAACCAAAUAAUGCUGCAACAC